GUGACAUUUAGUGCACUUUGUAGGGAGUAGGGAGCAGGGCUGUGUUUCUGACCCGGCCCGGUGCGUCACUCAAAUCGCUCCGUGUGGAAACGUGCGCGACACGGUAUGUUUAUAUAUUUAUAUUGAUAUUUUUAUUUAUUUUAAAGAGCUUACUAAGUGAAAGUAAAGAUCUCUCUCUCUCUCUCUCUCUCUCUUUAUUCUGCAGGAGGGAAUGAGAUGAUGCUACACGGCACGCGGAACCUGAAUGUAGAGAAGCUGUGCUGUGAUUGGUCGCCGGUGCGCAGCGCGUGGCAGCGGUGGAGUGGCGCGCGCGAGCCGGUGGAUUACAGAGUGUGUGUGUCGCACCCUGCUGGCCAUGCUGAGUGUGUGUGCUGUGCUGCUGAUGGCAGCAUUCAGUGCUGUGUGUUCCACAAUCCAACACACACACACCCCCGACACCGGACUCGACUCCAACCUGGAGAUCUGUAUCCUGCUGUGUAUUAAGCGUCUGUUCGAGGUGAAGAGGAAGGAUCAGCUGAACGCGCUGAAGAAUCUGGUGGAUCUGAACGAUGUUAAUCAGCAGUACAAAAUCAUCGACAUCAUGCUGAAGGGACUCUUCAAGGUCCUAGAGGACUCCAGAGCUGUUCUUGUAGCUGCUAAUCUGCAGCCAGAUGAUCCGUUUCCUCUGGAUGAUAAAAUUAAAGAAGCGUACUCCCACGUGGUGGAGAACACGGCGUUCUUCGGUGACGUAGCUCUGCGUUUCCCGCGUAUCGUCCAUCACUACUACGACCGUAACGCGGAGUGGGGGAAGACGCUGCGCUGGGGGCUGAGCUUCUGUAACCAGUCCGGAGUGUUUAACGGAGGCAGUCACCAGCAAGUCCUCACUCUGAUGUCUCAGGAGCUGGGAAUCACGGAGAAAUCUCCAGACUUCAUUAACCCUUACCGUACAGAGAAAGACGACGUGCUCCACACUGCGGAGGCCUUCCAGAAGAUUCUUCGUGAAGAACAGAAGCGCAGGAGGAAGGAGGAGAAGAGAAAAGAGAUGAGGAAAGGGCCGCGAAUUUCCCGCUCUCGCUCUGAACUCUAACGCCCCCUGCUGGACACACACUGAGACAAAGAGCCCGAGACACACAGAGAUCUGUGAGUCAGAGCUACAUCAGGUGUAGGUGAGGUAGAGGAGCAGGUGAACGACAGAACAGAGAGAGAAAAAGAAGAACAGAUUACACAGAAAUGGAGGAAAUCUGCUACGUUACAUUUACAGUCUGAGUGACACACUGAGCUGCGACGGUUUAUCAACGUUUUAUACUAUUUCACUGUAACGUGAGAGCGAAUAUAUAAUAUAAAUAAUGUAAAGCAAAAAUGAUGAGCUUUAUUAAAUUGUAUAAAUAAUGUGUAUGAGAUUGUUUAACAGAACACAGCUGUGUUUAUAAUGUGUAUGAUUAUAUACGUCGUGCUGCGUAGGUAGGAUGUACAGUAAUACGUACACAGCGCGAGCUCAGGGGAAGUUUAACUCCUUUCAUGGAAAAUUGGGAAUCUGUGUUUUAUAUAGUGACGUGUUGCAGAAAGACGUGCAGAUUUAAUGGAAUUUUCAAACCUGAAUUAGACAGCUAGUUUAUUUAAAGAUUUAAUCAUGUGUGUGUAUAUGUAUAAGGAAGGUAAUUUUUUUUCCUGAUGAUUUACAGACUAUUGCGUCGAACACAACAGCUCAGCGUUUAUGGGUUUAACUGCAGCGUCUCAGUCAGGAAGCAGAUUUAAAGAACACGAACACAGUUAGAGUAGAUAAAUCCUCUGUGUUUAUGCUGACUCCUGUGUGGGACGCACUUGAUUUAGAGAACACAGACGCAGUGGGAUUUUAAAUUGUCCACAAUAAUGACAUUGUGUGUGUGUGUGUGUGUUAAAUAUCAUGAGAUAUCAUAUAACUAAUCAUCAUCAGAUCCUGAGAACAUACAUGUGACUUUGGGACGGUGGACGUUGUACAAUAUGUUCAAAAUCAUAUAUUAAAUAUUUACUACAUUUGUA